AAUAGGCUGUCUCGCUGAGGCAGUGGGAGGGGCGAGGAGGCCCUCUCCUCCUCCCCGCACCCCGCGACUCGCAGGGCGACUAUGGCGACGGUGCCAAUGGAGCCGCUCCGCCUCGAGAGAGACAUUGCGCGAGCAAUAGAGCUUUUGGAAAAGUUACAGCGGAGUGGCGAGGUGCCUUCAGAGAAGCUGCAGGCACUUCAAAGGGUUCUGCAGAGCGAGUUUUGUACUGCCAUACGAGAGGUCUAUGAACAUGUGUACGAGACAGUCGGCAUCAGUGGCAGUGCAGAGGUCAGAGCAAGUGCCACCGCAAAGGCCACCGUGGCGGCAUUUGCGGCAAGCGAAGGACACGCGCACCCUCGCGUGGUGGAACUUCCCAAGACCGACGAGGGCCUGGGCUUCAACAUCAUGGGUGGAAAAGAGCAAAACUCACCCAUAUACAUCUCCCGCAUCAUCCCCGGCGGCGUGGCCGACCGGCAGGGUGGCCUCAAGCGCGGGGACCAGCUUCUCUCCGUCAACGGCGUGAGUGUGGAGGGCGAGCACCACGAGAAGGCCGUGGAGCUGCUGAAGCAGGCGCAGGGGACGGUGAAGCUGGUGGUGCGCUACACGCCCAAGGUGCUCGAGGAGAUGGAGGCUCGCUUCGAGAAGCUGCGCACGGCACGGCGCCGGCAGACGCACAACAACAGCUUCUCUUAGGCCUCGGAACACUGGGAUGCAAACGGUCAGCAAAUGGGAGACAAGCUGCAGCACCGCAACAUUUGCAGCAGCAACCUUGAAGCAGGUGUUGUUUUCCCCAUGUUUAUUCAAACUUCAUUGAUUGGAUAAGAAAAUGUGAAAUUAAUAAGGUAUCAUCAAGUGAAUAAGGUAUUAAAUGAGUACUGCCGAUAGUUGACUGAAGAUAAUCGACUGCUGUAUGGAUUUUUUUGCGAAGAUGCAAUAAUCUGUCGCACGCUUAAUUCUGCCCCUGCUGGGCUGCAGAUUUAAAUCUUUGUCUCUAAUAGAUUGUUGCAAAAGUUUCCCCUGAUAAUGUUGCUGGCCAUCUGCAUCACAGUGUCCAAGGCAUGUUUCAGGCAUCCAGUGUAUUCAGAAUUGGUGUGUAUAGGGCAAUGGCAUUUUCACCUCUACCCCCUCUUGUUUUAUCCAUUGCAUUUUUAAAAGCAAUGCCAGGAACCCCUCUAAUUGUAUUAUACACCGGGGACUAUUCCAUCUAAUGCAAACGCUGAGUAUAUUAAACCUUUAUUUUUUAAUUGUAGAGUCUAUAAGAAAUGAACAAACUCUUAAUGUGAUGCAACACAGCCUCCUUGCCUAAAUUUUAUAUUAAUAUAUAAAUGAAACUUAAUAGAAGAGUCAGAGGCUGGAAACAGACUGAGUGAAUGACUCAAAACUAUUCCAAUGUUUAUCCAUAAACAGCUGCCCCCCAAAAAUGUAUAAUUUUAAUAUACAUAGAGAUGAUUAGUUCUUUAUUGUAAUCUUACCCCUGCAAAAGCACACAUUUGAAGGUGCAGUCUGACAUUGCCAGGAACAGAAUCUUGCUAUUGAAGGCGAAAUUUGUCCCGUCAUGGAUGUCUCGGGGGAAAUUCACCGUCAAGUUAAAACGUAUUCAUAACGUUUUGUUUGUACUUUGCUAUUCAUCUCAAUAUACAGGGUGCUUACAUUUUUUUAAACACUUAUAUGGGAGUUAAAUUUCGAUUUAAAGCUUUCGUGACUGCAGGGAUUCAUCUUCUUGGUUCUUUCGGUAAAGUCACGUAGAAGGGAAAUGAUAAAAUAAUAAAAAUAAAAUAAUUCUCACGACGUUUCGGCCACAACGCAAGCAGCCGUCCUCAGGUGAAGAACAGAACAGGUCUGUCGGAAAGAUGCUGUCUUUCUGACAGACCUGUUCUGUCUUUCCGACAGACCUGUUCCUCACCUGAGGACGGCUGCUUGCAUUGUGGCCGAAACGUCUUGAGAAUAAUUUAAUUGUUUUAUUUUUAUUAUUUUAUUAUUUCCCUUCUACGUGACUUUACCGAAAGAACCAAGAAGACGUUUAUGGGACUCGUCUUUAAUGGAAAAAGGACCGAUAAUACAUUAUAACAUGAUAACAAAUGUAUAUUAAUAGCUUCAACAAGGCAAAGAGUCUCCACUUGUUUGCCAUCGUUGUCAACGCGUGCCUGGAAUCUUCUCCAGGUGGUCUCCAGAAAUCGGAGGCAGCACAUUUCUUGUGGGGUUGUUGCUAAUUCUCAGAAGUGUUUACAUUUGUUUUGAAGCACCCUGUAUGUAGCCGCUGAGCUUCUCCAAAUCCCAGUAAAAAAGAUGAAACAAAAUUCUGUAUGGUCUAAAUUAAUUUUAAACAUAAAAACAACACCGGUUAUUUUUGACUGGCACUUGAGCCUGCUUGACAGGCUUCAUCCAUAUCUGAAGCCUGUUUUUUUUUAUUUUGAACCAGUCGCACAACAGCAUGCCGACAUUGUUCAGGCUGUUUGGUGUAAACUUCCAGUCUAUUUCAUAGCCAGCCCUUUGUAAGUUAAUUUUAAUCUCAAGUCACCGACUGCACCUUUAAAUAAUCCUUUAAAACCACUUGUAUAUAUAAUAUAUAUUACCUUAUCAAGUGUGUAAGUGUCUGUGUGUGUGUGUGUAGAGUAAGUUUUAUUGAAACACAUCUAAAAGGCCAACCAAACCUUGGCAGACUUACAAAUAUAGAAUUAGAUAGAAGGGUUAUAUUUUGUCAUAUCCUAUUUUUACAGUGAAUAACAUUUGCCGUACAUUAUGGGCCAAUCUCAGAGAGGUGGUGUGAUACCUUAAGCACAAGGUUUUGCACAAUGCACUCGGUUUCAUGCUAAUGUGAAUUUUAAGCCUGUGAACUCGCCCGCUUAUUUUACGUGCACACACACAUGGCUACGUUCCUUGACGCGUACCUGCAUUCGCAUCUUUCGGACCGUUUCGAUGAUUCUAAACAUAAAGCACAUUUUCACAAGGGUAGUGAAUAUGGAACACUAAUACGACGGCUAACAUUGUCUUUUCCUCACAACAAAGUCGGUGUAAGACUGCAUUUAGGACUGCCACGUAAAGCCAGGAUCAACUGCAGGUAGAUGAGUGCAUCAUGGUAGUGGGACUUGCCAUUACUUCAUUGUUUCUGUAGGCGUCGCAGUCCAGUAAUUUAACGCUUACCUCUAAUCUUCACACACCGGCUGGUUAAAGUAUUGGGACAUUGGCCAAUGGGUAACUGGCAUGUGACAAUAUUGUAAAAUAGCCACCUGUAAAACUAGAAGGCCGUGUGGGCCCACAAAUGCAGUGAAUUGGAAAAAAACCCCACAAGAAUGGAAGCUGAUGUUGGGGUGCAUGGGUUCGUGGAUGGUUAAGCUGCAUGCCCCAAACACCUUCAUUCUGUCUCCACCCGUGUUUGUGAGCAAAGGGAACUCAUUUAAUACGGAGCAUGGCUUGGGGUUUCCCCUCGCUGGCUACAUACACCAUCAUCUUCUUGGUUCUUUCGGUAAAGUCACGUAGAAGGGAAAUAAUAAAAUAAUAAAAUUAAAACAUAAAAACAUAAAAUAAAACAUGUAAUUUUUCUUUUAUUAUUUCCCUUCUACGUGACUUUACCGAAAGAACCAAGAAGAUGAAUCCCUGCAGUCACGAACGCUUUAAAUCGAAAUACACAAUGUUGAAAAUUCAAUCUUGCAAUAAAAAAAAGUAAUAGUUAAAUACAAAUCCCUUAGUGCAUACGACCAUCUUCAUAAGUAAUAGCUUGCAGAAUUACUUACGUACUACUUAAGUGGAUCUUUUUUUGGCUUGAAUAUAAUAAGGUCCUGUGAAUUAAUAUAUAUAUUAACAAAGCAGUAAUUGGCCUUGGCUCAUGGACAUUAAUGGUUCCAUCUAGUAGAGUCUCAUAAGUGAGGUAGGCAAACCAUUGAUUUUCUUCUGUUAUUGGUUUGCGUUGAAUUUCCAGUUCUCGCAUUUGCUAAGGUUCAUGCAUUGGUAAUAUAGGGUAAAGCAAUUUUAUUUCCAAUUAUUUUUUACUUUCUUUCUUUAUACGUAAAACACUAACAUCCACGUUAACCUGUUGGAAACUGAAAUAUCAAGUCACUGGAUUUAAUAGUGAUGUCUCGCAAAGGUGUCUUUUGUGAUAAAAGUAACAUCGUAAUUUUCUGGCUUGCAAAAAAGAACAUGUAAACAAUGCACAGGAAGGAAUAAAGUUGAGAAAAAGAUCUAACGGAUGAUUAUUGAAUUACCUUUUUAAUAUUAAAGUAGGCUCGUUCAUAUCACAUCCAGUAAAGCCUCACUUCUGUUUUAGCAGCAGGGGGUGCACAUUCCAGUUUGAGGUCAUACCAGUAGAUAGACGUAUUGUGGCAUGGCAAGCCUCUCCAUUUCCCCUGACACAGCCAUUAAAUUACAUGCAGCUUUGCACACAAGUCUUACACGCUUUGAUGCAGCAAUUAAUGAAUCUGCAUGCUUCGAGGGGAGUCGCAUUCGCCUUUCGGCCACUUCUCUUCACACCCCCCCCCCCCCCUUGCUCUGAGCAGUCUCUAAAGGGUGGAGGAUUUAUGACGAAGAAAAGUGCAUCGCAGCUUUACCGAGUGCUUGCCAAGAUUAGCCUGCUGACAUUGUUUCCUGUUUAGCACCUUGAGUAUACGACCAAAUUAAUGCUUGGCUUCAGUAUAGUGAGUGAAAGUUGCUAAGGAGCAUAUCUUGCUUGGUUCAUUCACGGUUUUGCACUAUCAGUAAAAGUGUUACGGUUUUCCUGAAUUGAUUUUUUUUUUUUACAAAGGCAGACUUCUGGGAAAUCGCAGAUUAAGCUUCAAAAUAUUUUUUAAUUCCCAUUUACAGUUUACAAUUGGCAUAAUUGAGUGGUCUAUUUUUAAAUCAUUAACUUGCUCGCAGCUGUUGGUCACUGAAAGAGCCUCACUAUUAUCAGUAUACAGUAUUUCGUAAGUUUGCAUGUUAAUCAAGCGCUGCUCUGCAUGCAAGCGCACACUCCUGGCUGAUGUGGAAAUUAAUGGGGAGUUGAGCAAAGAACAAUGGUUGGCCAGACAACCGCUAUAAUUUUCUGUAAUUUUAGCAAACCACCAGUCCAAGUGCUUUGGGAGUGACAUUUAGUAAUCUCUGCAGGCGUGCAGUUACCAGCUUGUUUGCAUGGAAGUGGUCGAAUGCUAUAGCUUUGCUAAGAGAUGUAGAUUGUAACUUUUUGAUCAUGUGCUUACUGCUUGAUGUGCAUUUUGAUAUGCUGUUAUGGUGUUAGCAGUCAUAUCUUUAAUGAUACGUGGGAUUUUAUGCACAUUUUGUAAUUUUUUUUGUAAACCCUUGCUCGAUUUCCUAUUGCCUAAGUUCAUUAAUCACCUGACCUGGUGGCGUUGCCUCGUAACAUUCCUCAUUGAACGUCGUGCAUGUGAUUUUCUUCCUGCUGUUGUGACACAUGAGCUCGUAUGGGGGUGUUUAUAACAUUUUAUCCUGAAGAUGUGUACUUGUUAAUGAUCAUAUCAAACCCUAAAAUGUUUCUGGUUGUGGUGUAAUAGUUAUAGCAGCUCAGGAGAUGGUGUUUUUUUUAUAUAUAUAGUGUACAUAUAUUCACAUGUUUGCUGAAAGCAAAUGUAAAGUUCCUCGUGUAAUAUUGCCUAUUUACCAACAUUGUUCACGUUAAUAAAACAAAUGCUUAGCACAAAA